AUGUCAAACUAUAGUAAGGUCGCUAUUUUCUGGGACUAUGAAAAUUGUAGCCCUCCCUUGAAUUCGCAAGGACAUGCCAUUGUAAAUGGCAUUCGACGAAUUGCUCAUGUCUUCGGAUACGUCACAUCGUUCAAAGCAUACCUUGAUGUAUCCUCACAGUCCCCCAAGUCUGUCGGAUUUCGCUCCGACCUCCAGUCCUCUGGGGUGUCCAUGACCGACUGUCCCCACAACGGCAGGAAAGACGUCGUGGACAAGAUGAUUCUUGUGGAUAUGCUUGCAUUUUCCAACGACCAUCCUCCGCCUGCCACCAUUAUCCUGAUAGCCGGUGACCGAGAUUAUGCCUAUGCCGUAUCAACCCUCCGCCUUCGACGGUAUAAUGUCGUUCUCAUCGUACCUUCGGCGCCAAAUAUUCCACAGAGCCUGGAGUCUCAGGCUUCUGUUGUGGUGGAUUGG